AUAUUUAGCAUAUUGAAUAUUUUUAGUUUUGUGUAAUUUUGCUAAAAUGUUUUGGGGAUUGACACCUGCUUUAGAUUUACUGUGUGAAUAUGAAAAAAGUGUUGGAAAUAUACCAGAAGAACUGAACAUACUUAUCAUAGGUAGUUCAGACUGUAGGCAUAUUCUUAAAACUGAAGCUAGGAAGUAUCGCCACAAAAACGUGAAAAUGAAUUUCUACGUGAUGGAUUCUUGUGUGGAGCUUCUAGCAAGGCAACUACUUCUCAUGAAUAUCGCUUUGCAGUCCCAAGAAAUUUUAGGUUUGGAACAAAAAACGAAAAUAUUCAUGGAAUUGUAUGGCAAUUCCUUGGUUAGACCUUCCGUGGCUAAUUACCUUACUUCAGCUGCGUCUGAACUCAUUAAAAUGGUUACCGAUUAUGAUUACCUAAGCAGAAUGAUGAGCAGUGUUAGUUUGGAAAUCAGAUACAAAGAGCGAGACUACCUAGAGAAUCUUUUAAAGUUCUGGUGUAGCAAGGAUGAAUUCAAUAUAUGUGAUAGUUGGGACAGAAGACUGAGAAAGUUCUUGGGAGCAAGGUAUGACUCGAAAGUUGGAGCUUUUGACUGGGACUUACACAUGAGAUACCAUAAUAUUGGCGGGAAACAAGUGUGCAAUCAGGAAUACCGCAACUACAGAAUGAACGGUGUAGCUUUUUCUUGGCUAGAGUCCGAAGUUUCCAAGCCAAACCGUUCGUUGGUAUGUGCAAUUCACCCUAACGGCGAUACAUUUCUUCAUCAUGGAUAUCUGGGCGACAUGCAGACUGGACCUUUUGUAGCUUUCGGUAUGGAAUGUGAGGAUGAAUCUUUCUUGAAGUCUCACAAUGGACAGAAUACCUAUAGAGCUACAGAUGUAACAGAACGUAACCUCAGACAGAUUUUUCACGAAUUAGAACAUAAAACAGAAUAUAUCCACGAAGCGACUAGUAAUGUCACUCUGGGUCCCGUCGUUAUGAAACAAGAAAAACUGAUUGUUGAUGUUAAGGGGCCAGAUUUCAUUCCCAGAGUUUCAAGGAAAUGUUUAGACAUACAGGGAAAAAUAAAAUUUCUGUCCAUUUCUGAAUUAGAUUCCAUGAAGUAUAAGGCGAAGUAUCAUAAUUUCUUUGAUGUACUAUAUUUUGGCAGCGUUUACUUGAAACACUUUGAAAAAGAACUGGUCGAGAAAAUACUUAAAAAAAGUUCACUGUUAAUAAUAGAACAUCAGUUAUUCGUAUUGAGUUAUAGGAAAAAGGAACUAGAUGAAUUCAAGAAGACCAUCGAAGAAAAAGUUGAAGGAUUAGAAGUCGAUAGGAUGGCAUUUGAUUCAGAAAGAGAUCCAUAUGCCAAGUUUAUAGUUAAAUAAAGUAAUGUGAUGAAAUUUA